CCGACCUAGAUAGAUGCAAGAACUCUUGUUGUUCAUUUGACUCUCUCGUCUACGAGUGGAUUGGCAUCGUCUGUCUCUCGACGCCCGCGGAAUUUAGUAUGCCGGCUGUUUCAAGGCCUUCUAGGCUUCGGAACAUGGGAUGUUCUGCACAUAACGCCGCAAAUUCUCGGAGUCAUCGAGAAGGCCAAUAUCUUGGACUCCGAUCCCGACAUGAAUACCCGGCUUCGCCGCGCCAUGCGGGAGUUGUCCAAGGCGUUGGUGGAUCCGAUUCGGUCCCUGUUGAAGUCUUCAACACACAGGCACCGUCACAUUUGCUUUAUACCUGCCGGGCAUCUGACACGGGUGCCGUUCGCAGCGCUCGAGCUCGACGGCAGACCGCUGAUCGAGGACUUCGUUGUCUACCAAGCCCCGAGCCUCGUUAUCCUUAAACUUCUCUCCGAGUCAACGAACCGAAAACCCCCUGGUCUGAGCAGCAUUGCUGUCGUUGUCGCAAACGAUCUAUCCCUCCCCGCUAACGUUGUUGAGUGUGUCGACACCGCAGACCAGCUCGGCGCCAUUUUGUCACAACACGACGCCGUGCACGUGGGCGCACGCGGCGAGAUGGUCUACAAAACGCCUCUCAGCUCCUUCAUCGAGCUGAAGGAGCCAUGUCUCUUGACCUGUAUUUUGGGAAGCCUGGCCACGCCAGGGACAGCUUCGCCAACUUUUACUUCUAGGCUCCUUCUGUGCUGGUGGGACACUCGUCUUUGCUGUAAUUAAAGGCGAGUUUGCCGUGCUGGGAGAUUCUGCGCAAACUUUGCAUCGGCGCUGGGAGUUACAAGAGGCGACUAACACGGCGGGUAUUAUGCGGGAGUUAGUGACGUGAACUUCUCGCGUGGUUCGAAUGGUUCCAUUGUUUCUGCGGUCAUUGCGACGCCGUACCUAAAUCAAGGUAGUCACGAUGGGAGGAGCAUGCAAGUCUAAAUCUUCAUAGGUCCGCUAAAAGGAUGGUAAUUAGGGCGCGUAGCGUGACCAGGUCUAGGACGAGGCUCUAGCAAAAUGCAAAGUCUCUAGGCAGGUGCCUUGUAGCCUUUCGAGCACAAAGACUGUGGUGGAUUCCCGCGUCUUAAU